AUGGCUUCUCUUCUCGGGCCUUCUUCUUCCAAUUUACUCCUCCACCACCUAAGAGAAGUCCGUCUGCCAACGAUCCGAGAUGCAGAGGUCGAAGAAAGCAGUAACAUUGGAGGGGCUGGCCACAGUCCAGCCUCAGCUGCUAUCGUGGCGCCAAACGCUGCUUUCAGCUUCAGGGGCCCACAGACGACGGUGUACGCGGCGGUCUACUGUGGCGGCGGAGGUACUGGUUUGUGUCCGGAGAAGGUCCUUCUGACUGCUCUCCCGGUCAAUGGACCCACCCGACAAGACGCUAUGGCUGCAAUCACGGCGUUCCGGUUGAACAUGGCCUUACGCCAUAGCAGCAGCCGCCGGCAAGUGGUGGAUUUCUGUUUUCUGGUUCCGGCUGAGGGUGGUGACCAGAAUUUUGUGGACCCCCGCACCAAACGGGGGACCCAAUUAUAUCCCUGA